AUCCUGAACCUGGAUAAAGCUUAUUAUUGUACUCUACACUUUUUUAUCCGUUAUAAGCUUAAAUAUAUAUAUUUUGUCUUAGCAACUUAGCCCACGCACAGCUGGGAGGUGGAUUCCCACAUUUGCUAACUGGCUUUGCUGCUCCCAAGAGGAAGAAAAGCUCCAGCUUGGACGUUGAGGGUCUCCUGAAUCCAGAGCUCAUGGGGUCACACUAAGGAGGAACCAGAAGUCAGGUCUGAAGCAGCAGUGAAUUUUUGGGGAAUUUGAGACUAAAAACUUAAUAUUUUGUAGACCAUGAACAUAAUUGGGAGCUAUCAGCACCACCACAUGAUGCCUGAGCCUUUUAUGUUCACCCCAAGCUCAAGAUGUCACCAGGAGAGACCUUUUUUCCAAGGAUGGGUGCUGAAUCCUGGAGAGAUGUCCCCAGAGUUUGCAAACCAACCCCCAUACAGUCCAGAAUAUGGAGCUAUGGGACCUUCCCAGGCAAACAGCCGAAUGGAGGCUCUGGGGGGAAGGUUGGGGAGGAGGAAAGGAAUUCCCCCCAAAAAAGAAAGGAGAAGAACUGAAAGUAUUAACAGCGCCUUCGCAGAGCUCCGAGAGUGCAUCCCCAACGUGCCAGCAGACACCAAGCUCUCCAAGAUCAAGACCCUCCGGCUGGCCACCAGCUACAUCGGCUACCUGAUGGACGUGUUGGCGAAGGACACCGAGGUCGGGGGCACGGAGGGCUUCAAGGCUGAGAUCAAAAAGAUGGACAGUAGGGAGAGCAAGAGGAAAAGAGAACCGCAGAGUGAAGGAUUUUGGGGUGCAGUCCCAUCUGGAGAGAAGAAAUUAAAGGGAAGGACAGGGUGGCCCCAACAGGUCUGGGCCUUGGAGCUGAACCCCUGAACCCCUGAAUCGGUAGAAUGCACUGUUAAUGUCUUGCAGAUCAGAGAGACAAGAACAUAUUAUUCACUGAGCACUCUUCAGGCUGGGUUGGGAGAAAGACAAGUAGUCUGUAUUUAUGUGCAAUGUUUUAUUUUUUUAUGUAGAUUUUUUUUUUUUUUUUUGCAAUUAUAAAACAUGAAUACAAUUUCAAAAGAAAUCAGAAUUGUGCACAAAUGACUGACAAUUAUUAUUAUUAUUAUUAUUUUUUGGUUCUGCAAUCUUGCCUGAGAAGCCCAACAUUUAAAGGACUUUGAAAGAAUCUAUUUGUAAGAAGCCAGAGGGUGUGCAAUACACAAUAUAUCUGGACUAUAUUUUUGGGUAUAUUUUUUUUGUGUUGAUUUUUCACCUUGACUCAGGGAUCUGUAUUUUUGGGGGAAAGUAACCAAAAAUGUUACCUGUGUGAGAAAUAAUAUUAAAGGUAAAUCCUUUAGCUUUAAAAAAAAAA